AUGUCCUUAUCGGCAGGUAGUCAGCUACCAUGCCACCAAACAACCGCAAUCCGCCUCCUAGCCGACUCCCUGUAUGAGUCAACGCGCCGGUCAACGGGCCUAACGAACCAGGCCCAAAAUGAGCUCGGCCUACUUCUGGCCGUGCUUAGCGCAACCGAGACGUAUACUGCUUCUUUAGGCGCAGAAUGCGUCCAUUUUGCAGUCUUGAAAAAAAAAUUGCACAGCUGUCAUGUUGUCUUACUGGAAUUGCAAAAACUAUUGUUACAUCCAGAUGCACUUGGGGCUCAGAGUUUGACUUCUGAUAUUCGCGCGCGUCUCUCGUCGGUCAUUUUUGGACUUACUGAGGUGAAUUUAAACAUGAUGAUAUCAUCGCAGAAGAUUAUUGAGCGCGCGCUGAGGUGUUUCGUCGAUGACAUUCGCGCUGGCAAGAGGGAGGCUUUGAUUGUUUCUGAUGCUUUGAAGGAUUCUUCGAAGCUUGAGGAAGAUGGUGUCUGGACUCGGCUGCAGGGAGAGUUACUCGCUACUGGUAUUGCUUCGAAUUUGUUGACGCUGAACCGGGACUUCGUUAUAUCGACUCUUCAAAAGAUAGCAGAUGGCUCACUGCCUGUUACUAAGGAGAACACAGCUCAAACAGAGAAAGCCCCCUAUUUUAUGGUACCAGAAUCAGCCCUGGAACUGAAACAGCAGAGCAGCCUAGACGACAAAGACUGGCUAGCAAAUGAACAACCUGGUCUUCCAUUCCUCCCGCUCCCGCCAAAAGGCUUCUCACAUUCAGACACGCGAAGCCCAUUUUCAAGCCAAGAGCAGCCCUACCCUGAAAAAGAGACAAUACGAGAAGAAAACUUCCCAAUACCAGUGAUAUUGGACAUGCAAGAUUGCACAGAUACACAGAAAGAAGCGCUACCAGUUGAAGACCUCUUCAUCCCCGUUCUCACCGAGAGCAAUUCACAAGAAAACGAUGGCACGAACCUCCCAAUACCAGUGACAGUACCUAUCUCGCCCAAACCCCCACUAGAUCUCGACGCAUUCAAAGUAUCAACGAAGUCCAAAAAGCCCCGCCGAAUGAGCCGCCUUCUAUGGGAGAUAACCAGUUCAAAAACAGCCUUCAUAGUCGCCAUCAAAUCCAACCAACACCAAACCGUGCAAACCCUCCUCUCCAAAGGCGCCGACGCCAACGCCCAAAAGACCGACGGUACAACAGCCCUAAUGGCCGCCGUUUCCUUCGGCCACGAAGCCACAACCCGCGUGCUACUAGAAUACGGCGCAGACAUGAACGCACGGGCAGUAACAGGCGAGACAGCUCUCAAUGUCGCCGCAUCGCGCGGCUUCGACCGCAUCGUGCGGAUACUGAUUGCCUCGGGCGCGAAUAUCGAUUCAGGGAAGGGAACGGGCAAGACGGCGCUCUCGCAGGCUGCCGCGUACGGCCAGGACCGGAUUGUGGAGUUGUUGUUGGACUGCGGGGCGGAUAUUGAUGCUGUUAAUAAUACGGGGGAGACGGCGUUGGCGUCGGCGGCGUUGAAUGGGAAUAUGAGGGUUGCGAGGCUGUUGCUUGAUCGCGGUGCGGCGGUUGAUCUUAUGCGGUAUCCUUGGCAGACGCCAUUGUAUAAGGCUGUUCAGUCGGAUGUGUUAUGUAUGGUUAGGCUUUUGAUGGAGCGUGGGGCGGAUCCGUUUGUUAAGGGGGGCGCUGGGAGGAUGGAGACUGUUUUUGGUUUUGCGAGGAGAAUGCAGAGAAGAGAAAUUUUGGAAGUUUUUGCGCAGUAUGGGUAUCAUCCUGGGGGAGGGGGACCGGUUCGGUAUCAGUAUUUCUGA